AUUACCCUAUCACACAGUCCCGCCCAAUCACCUGGGUGGGAGUUACAAGACCAUGGCUAGAAAGGCCACACACAAAAGUAAUUAAUCCACCACACUAGGGCACUAGGUAUUAACCAACACAAUGCCAUGCCAGUACAUUGUCUUUCUCAGCCAAAUGAGAGCUCUGGUGAACUAAGACAAAGCUAGAAUUAUAAUCUAAAGCCUCCUGAACAAGGAGAGCUUUUAAUUUUGCCCCACAUGAAAAUAAAGAUUUCUAGCCUGUUUAUUUGGUGCCAAGCACGUCAGCAUUAUCAGAAAAUAAUUAUUAGGAGAUCAGAGUCAGUAUGGGGAAAUGGAGAAGUAGUAUGCCAUUAGGGUCAUCCUGAAUCUUGGCUUUUGAUUACCUCGAUGAUCUGGACACAUUUUUUCCAGUAUUAGCAGAGCCUAGUGUAUUCUAAAUUAUUAGAGAAGGUAUUUCAAAUCUCAAAACAAAAUGAAUUUUAAUUUAAAAUUAUAUUUUACUCAGAAUUUAAGAAGGACUAGGCAGGAAGAGUGUUAUAAAAUCACAUUAACAAUAGGACACCAAGACUUCCUAUCACUAUUUUAUAUGUCAAAGAUAGGGAGCACGUGCUUUCAAAGUACGGUGUUUUAUGUGCAGCUACAAAUGGCAACACCAUGAGGGACAGGUAUAACCAACCACUUUAGAAGGAGUACAGUCAUUUGAAAUGAACACUCAGUAAAGCAGGAAGUAAACAGAUUGUUGUUUAAUAAAAGUUAUCAUUGAUAUUCUUCAAUAGAGAAAACAAACCUCACAAAUGACAGUCCAUCCCACUACUCCCUCAUCAUUUUUAUAUAAAAUUUCAUAUAGCUAUAUUAGUUUGCAAGAAGCCCUGGUGGUGCAAUGGUUAAGGGUUCGGCCACUAACCUAAAGUCAACAGUUCAAUCCCACUGGUGGUUCCUUGGGAGAAAAGACCUGGCCAUCUGCUCCCAUAAAGAUUACAGCCCAGGAAACCUUAGGGGACAGUUCUACUCUGUCAUACAGGGUUGCUGUGAGUUGAAAUCGCCUCCAUGGCACAUAACAACAACGUAUUAGUUUGCAUAUGCUAAUAACUGCUGACCCACACAAUUGAACAUGGAUACCCUCCUUUGCUUCUUUUAUGUUGGACUAUGUUCUUUCCCCAUAAAUUAAAGACUCUACAAGGACAGGCAUAUAGCUUUGCUUCUUUCAAAACUUGGUAAACAGGAGGAGCUUGGUAGCUUUGUUGUUGUUGUUUUUGUUUUUAGUUGAAGAUGUCUUUUUCCCUAGUUUCUUUCUGUGGACCUCUUGCAAGUCUUUAGUUUCUGUUACCCACGAUGGUUUGGUAAAUGUCAUUGAUGGACUGAAAAUAAAGAAUGGCUAGCUUUGUAGGCAAAAUAGCACUUAGAAGUAGAGCAUAGAAUGUUAAACAAGAGUUUGAAAUGUAGAACAGAAAUUUAUAGAAUAGCUGUAAUAGUGGAAUGGAUAAAGAAGCAUAUAGAUAGAAUAUAGACUUUUCUCUCAUUUCUAUUGAACUUAGGUCCGAUACUUAAUAGUACUUAUUCUGAAUUCAACUAAUAUUGGAUAUAAACAUUUUGGAGAGAGUGAGUUAUAAAACUCCUUCCAAUAAAAUUUAAAUUUAACAUUUUGAAACACAAGUUUUUUAAGGAAAUGUCAAAGACAUUGAGAUUUUGUUUUGAUCUUAGGAAAAAAAAAAAGUUGAGGCAGUGAGCUAAUACAAGUUUUUAAGCAAGUUGUGGGCAGCUGUAAAUGGUAAUUCUUUCUCCACUGAGGCCCCAUAGUGACAAAGUAGGUUUAUACUGUAACAGAGAAUCUUUAGGUUUCAUAAUAGGGUAAGUUCUUGAUAUUAAGAGCUUCUAAACACUGAAAGGGGAGUUGUGGGGCUGUCUUCUGUGGAGCUCUUUAAAUUAAACCGGAUAAACUCACAUCUCUCUGGACUGUUUUAAAUGUAUCAGGGAGAAGAGAAUUAAUGACUUGUCUAGGUGGUUCACAUUUUUUUAAGAGCCCCCCUCCCCAUUUCUUAAUGCCAUUGCUAUUUGGAAACAAACUGCCAAAAGCCACCAGAACUUCUAAAUAUGUUUGCCUAGAGUGAAGGCAAUAGAAGUCCACCACCGUUACAGUGGAGAAUGGGGGAUAACACUGUGUGACCAUCAUUUCCUAUAAUAAUUGGUUUACUACAGACUUGAAGUUGUGGGCACAGCAGCUAGAUAGAUAAUUUACCUGUGAAGAAGAGGACUAGAGCAUAUUAUUCAGUGUUUUGUAUUAAAAAAAAAAAAGUGUAGUAGGCUUUCAGAGGAAAUUUUAUCACAUUGUCUGCCUGUUGUUGUCAAUGUUCAAAGUCAAACCCAUUACUGUUAAACUCAAACAGUCCUCUUCCUAUGAGCACUAAGUGAAGUACUUUUGAUUCAUUUAAAAAACUUCUCUAAAAAUAAGGGAGAGGUUUACAGAAAGAAAUUAGGGGAAAAGAUGCCCCCAAUUCAAAACAAAUAAAAAUCCACCAAGUUCUUCCUACUUUCCAAGUACUUCCUAGAAACUGUAGGCACACAGGUGAACAAGUUUCAGUCACUCAAGAGUACUAACAGCCUGGUGCAAGAAACAGACAUGAAAACAGAUUAGUACAGCACAAAAAGACAGGUAUUGAGGGAAAGUUAUGUGCAAGGCAUGGUGCUGGAUAGGUUUGCCCGUGACAGUUCGGAUUUAUGCCUGUAGUCUUGGUAUAAUUAUUCAGAGGGUCCUUUCAUUCUCAGAAGUGUUCCCUUUUGGACAAUAAAUUAUAUAGUCACCCUAAAAUUAGCCAUGUCAAUCAAAUCACCUAAAGUUGUCAGAGAUUUACACAGAAUAGGACAGAAAAUCAAAGACAUUAAGAAUGCUUUGCUACUUGUGGUACCUACAUCCAUAUGGAAAUGAGAAAUGGAUAGACUACCUGACUUGCUUUUCUCCCAGGGUUGUGGGAUGGGAAGGAGCAGAGUGGGAAUUUAACUCAUAUGAGGGGAGGGGGGAGGGACAAAGCAGGACAAUCUAGAUCCAGUUUUUGGUUUAUGGUGUGCCUAAGACUUAUCAUUUGAUGAGCUGUUAAACCAGUUAAUUCCCCGAAGCUCUCGUUACUGAAAGUAGAGUGGGGAAGAACUAGAACCAAUGGGGGGAAUUUUAGGAAGACUAGUUAAGGUUCAAUAUAAUGAAGAACAUUUUGUACCAUAGAAGUAUCCUAAAGCAGGAUGGGGCUGGCUGUGAGGUUGGGAGCCCCAUGUCCUUGGUGGUGUCCAGCAGAGGCUCUGGACAGUGAGCAGAUUCAGACACCAGAUCAUUGCCAUAUCAUUGUUUUGUGACCUUAUUAUUCUACAUGCUUGGGGUCUUUUUUGAGAGCUUUAAAGCAAGAAUCUUAUGUUUGGGAAGACCCCUAGAAGGAAAAAAUGUAGAAAUGUAAUGAAAAAAUAGAGUUUGUGUGAGCUAAAUCCUCUCCUUUCCUACUCUAAAUACACACCAAGAAGAGGCCAGGGAGUGUCCGUGCAGAUGUCACCGGGCUUGUUCUCCACUACUCAUAAAAGGAAGGCAGCCCUUCCCCACGUGACACUCAGAGGUUUCCACAUCUUGGACACAUACUCAUUUGAAGAUGUAGUAGCUGCUGAGUCUUGCUUACCAGUUUGAUUUGCAUAGCUCUGAGUUACAUACGAAUGGGACUCCUAGCAAAGCUAUCAUUAAAAAGAAACAAAGCAAAAGGAAUGAACAAAGGAAACAUUCUGUUCAAAGUUUGAAGUUUAGACUGUUUCAGUGAUCCUUGUCAUGGUUAAGAAAGAUGUCCGCCCCUUCCCCCACCUAAAAAGAAUAGCAGACAAGUGACAAAAGGAGGCUCCCUGGAGGUAACGUUGGAGCAGAGAGCAGGGUGAACUAAAGGCAAUACACAUGAACAGAGAGAAAGGAGUUGGCAUAGACACAGGAGAUGCUGCCAAACACCCUGCGUUCACAGCACAGAGAUACACCAUUAGGCUCGAAUCCCUUUGGCCACUUCCCCAACGUAUUAAGGUAGGGACAGGUCAGGCUAGGGGAGAGGAGCGACAUCUUGAUGAAGCUCCGCUUUCUCAAAGGCGACACAGCUAUAGCCAGAAUCUUCUCACUGGCCCUUUCAGAUCAAACGCUUUAAUUUCUACAUUUACACCGUAAAAUAUUUUCUAGUAAACUCAAAGGGAAAAGUCUUCUGAAGGCACUGGGAAUGACUUUAGGUCUUUAGUGGUUAAGAGUCAAUGGGCUUUGAAGUCAGAGAAAACUAACUUCAAAUCUCUACUACUUACACAUUUAUGGUGAGGUAUUUAAAUUUUCCUAAGUUUUAGUUGUCACAUUUGGAAAAAAAAAAAAACUGAUAAUAUAUAGACCAUAGAGCUUUUGUAAAGAUUAAGUUCCACAUGGAAAUUAUGUAACAUUUAUAGUAUCCAGUAAAUAAUUACUAACAAUUUUUAUUCAGCCAGUUCUAUUAUCUAUUUAUGUAACAUUCUCUACUCACCCAUACCAAGUUCUGAUCAUUUAUGUCAUUACUUUCUGUCUGGUCCUUGGCUUUCUACGUUCUGUUCCAGCUUUGAACUGCUUCAGGACAAUUUACCUUCCCCAGAUAUUGUGUCUCUCUCCCUUCUUUAAAACCUCAUGCAGCUAUAUUCUUUAAGACUUACGCCUAAGAUUAUUGAUCAGUUCAGUACCAGCAACAGACAAAAAUGACUGAUUUAAAAUCUAGUAAGAAUACAUGACAUUUAGAGACCUGGGUGGUGUGGGUCGGUUUGCAAUCAGCUACUAACCAAAAGGUUGGCAGUUCGAACCCAGCCAGUGGCACAUUGAAAGAACAAUCUGGAGAUCUGCUUCCAUAAGGAUUACAGCUAAGGGAAUUCAAGUAUUUCUAUUCUGCAGCGCACAGUAUCGCCAGGAGACGGGAUCGACUCAGUGGCAGUGGGUUUGGGUUUUUUUGGUUUGUUCUUGUUCUUGAGUUCUGAAGGCACUCUUCAUCUUUUCUAACAUUAGCUCUGGGACCAUUCACACCAGAUGAACAAGAAAAGGUAUUAGUAUUCUUCUCCUCCUUCCUCACCAGGAGGGUAAGAUGACUUGACAAAAGUCACUCAGUGAUCUCAGAAGAAGAAUCUAAUGAGAGGAUCAAGAAUUGUGUUGCCAACUGUGCCAGGUUCUCUACUUACUAUGAAUGAAUUGAGCCUGGAGAGGAUGAUACCACGUGUUAAUUUCAUAUUAUGAUAUAAUUUUUUACCACACAGUUAAAAUGUUUUCUGAUUUGGAUUGGCCCUUUGGUUACCCACACAGUACAGGUUGAAGGCAUUAUAAAUCAUCUUCAACACCUCAAGCGGUCCCUUGUCACCAGAACUAUCAUAUGGAAGACGACAUGUCAGUGUCUGUGACAUAGUCAGGCCUUGGCUUCUCAGGAUCUACUCACUACAAGUGAGUUUAUGUGCCUUGAGGCAUAUGGCCUUGUUAUAUGAUUCUGGAGCAAAAGAGCAAGGUAUUUCAAGCUGGCCACAAAUUUAUUGACUCUCACAGGCUUGCUUUGUAGUCAUUCCAAUAAACUCGAUGACCCUCCAAGUUAUCCAGUCCCCAGGACUCCAUUGCGUGAUUCCGAGUCCAACUAAGCAACUGAAGAGUGCUUUUGUGUGACACUGUGACCACAGCAAUAAAUAAUUGCUUAGUAAUUCUCUUUGAGGCAGAAAAUUCUAAACAUGGAGGAACGUUUCCCCUUAAUGGGAGCCAGAAAUCCUGUAAGUGCUUGAAAUGGCAUUCACAAGUCUGAAUGGUAAACAGAUAAAAACAGGAGCGCACCAGUUGCACGAAUGACUUGCUUGUCACAAACUUGUCACUGCAGUGAUCUAACAUUUCUUUCUCAGAGCCCAACGGAAAGUGCGGAACAAACAGCCCCUGCUGACGUUUUGGCUCUGCUAAGCCUUCCUCCGAGCUAAAGCAUCUGCAGCAUCUUCCUGUUCUAGACCCUUUAUCUGCUGAAGUUAGCUGAUACUCUACAUGUCAAAGAAAUGUUUGACUAUUGCAUUAACAAGUUGGUGACAAGCAAGUUAUUCCUGCAACUGAAAUACUGCUGCUUUUAGCAAGCUACCAUUGUGACCCUCAUUUUAUUAUACUGAAGAACCCUGACAGAGCAGGGCACUACGGAGAUCCCAGUACUCCUGUCCCAGGCCUGUGCAGCAGUGGCUGGCGCUUUUCCUCCACGUUGCAAGAGAAAGAGAAUUGGCUGGAAUAAAACCUUGCUUUCCAUAUGGUCAACUUGAAACACAGCAUUGAAAAGUUCCUUGACCAUCAGUCUGUAGCCUGCCCCUCUUCAUAUGCAGCUGCUCUCUGUUCCCUGCCCCAAUGAACAUCUGCACUAGGCCCAAGCCUUGGAGUGAUUUACCUGAAGAGUGACACCAUUUAUUUGGAAACUACUGAAGAAACCCAAGACAGCUGAAAACCAGAAGGCAUCUGAGGAGAAUGAGAUUACUCAGCCGGGUGGAUCCAGCGCCAAGCCGGGCCUUCCCUGCCUGAACCUUGAAGCUGUUUUGUCUCCAGACCCAGCCCUCAUCCACUCAACACAUUCACUGACAAACUCUCACGCUCACACCGGGUCAUCUGAUUGUGACAUAAGUUGCAAGGGGAUGACCGAGCGCAUUCACAGCAUCAACCUUCACAACUUCAGCAAUUCCGUGCUCGAGACCCUCAACGAGCAGCGCAACCGUGGCCACUUCUGUGACGUGACGGUGCGCAUCCACGGGAGCAUGCUGCGCGCGCACCGCUGCGUGCUGGCCGCAGGCAGCCCCUUCUUCCAGGACAAGCUGCUGCUGGGCUACAGCGACAUCGAGAUCCCGUCGGUGGUGUCGGUGCAGUCGGUACAAAAGCUCAUUGACUUCAUGUACAGCGGCGUGCUGCGCGUCUCGCAGUCGGAAGCCCUGCAGAUCCUCACGGCCGCCAGCAUCCUGCAGAUCAAAACGGUCAUCGACGAGUGCACACGCAUUGUGUCGCAGAAUGUGGGCGACGUGUUCCCUGGAAUCCAGGACUCAGGCCAGGACACACCGCGAGGCACCCCCGAGUCAGGCACGUCGGGCCAGAGCAGUGACACCGAGUCGGGCUACCUGCAGAGCCACUCACAGCACAGUGUGGACAGGAUCUACUCGGCGCUGUACGCGUGCUCCAUGCAGAACGGCAGCGGCGAGCGCUCCUUCUACAGCGGUGCGGUGGUUAGCCACCACGAGACUGCGCUUGGCCUGCCCCGCGACCACCACAUGGAAGACCCCAGCUGGAUAACACGCAUCCACGAGCGCUCACAGCAGAUGGAGCGCUACCUGUCCACCACGCCCGAGACCACGCACUGCCGCAAGCAGCCCCGGCCCGUGCGCAUCCAGACCCUGGUGGGGAACAUCCACAUCAAGCAGGAGAUGGAGGACGAUUACGACUACUAUGGACAGCAAAGGGUGCAGAUCCUGGAGCGCAACGAAUCCGAGGAGUGCACGGAAGACACCGACCAGGCCGAGGGCACCGAGAGUGAGCCCAAGGGCGAGAGCUUCGACUCGGGUGUCAGUUCCUCCAUAGGUACCGAGCCCGACUCGGUGGAGCAGCAGUUCGCCGGGGUGGCACGGGACAGCCAGGCCGAGCCUGCUCAACCCGAACAGGCCACGGAAGCCCCUGUGGAGGGCGGCCCGCCGCCGCACCCGCUAGAGACAGGCGCGUCUACUCCGGAGAGAAGCAACGAGGUGGAGAUGGACAACACGGUCAUCACUGUCAGCAACAGCUCCGACAAGAGCGUCUUGCAGCAGCCUUCGGUCAACACGUCCAUCGGGCAGCCAUUGCCAAGUACCCAGCUCUACUUACGCCAGACAGAAACCCUCACCAGCAACCUGAGGAUGCCUCUGACCUUGACCAGCAACACACAGGUCAUUGGCACAGCCGGCAACACCUACCUGCCGGCCCUCUUCACUACCCAGCCCGCGGGCAGCGGCCCCAAGCCUUUCCUCUUCAGCCUGCCGCAGCCCCUGACAGGCCAGCAGACCCAGUUUGUGACAGUGUCCCAGCCAGGCUUGUCGACCUUUACUGCACAGCUGCCAGCGCCACAGCCCCUGGCCCCAUCCGCAGGCCACAGCACAGCCAGUGGGCAGGGCGAAAAAAAGCCUUAUGAGUGCACUCUCUGCAACAAGACUUUCACCGCCAAACAGAAUUAUGUCAAGCACAUGUUCGUACACACAGGUGAGAAGCCCCACCAAUGCAGCAUCUGUUGGCGUUCCUUCUCCUUAAAGGAUUACCUUAUCAAGCACAUGGUGACACACACAGGAGUGAGGGCGUACCAGUGUAGCAUCUGCAACAAGCGCUUCACCCAGAAGAGCUCCCUCAACGUGCACAUGCGUCUCCACCGAGGGGAGAAAUCCUAUGAGUGCUACAUCUGCAAAAAGAAGUUCUCCCACAAGACCCUCCUGGAGCGACACGUGGCCCUGCACAGUGCCAGCAAUGGAACGCCUCCAGCGGGCACACCCCCAGCAGCCCACGCUGGUCCCCCAGGUGUGGUGGCCUGCACAGAGGGGACCACUUACGUCUGCUCCGUCUGUCCAGCAAAGUUUGACCAAAUCGAGCAGUUCAACGACCACAUGAGGAUGCAUGUGUCUGACGGAUAAGUAGUAUCUUUCUCUCUUUCUUAUGAACAGAACAAAACAACAAAAAGAAACAAACAAACAAAAAAAAGCUAUGGCACUAGAAUUUAAGAAAUGUUUUGGUUUUGUUUUUACUUUCUGUUUUUGUUUUUGUUUUGUUUCAUUUUGUACUACAUGAAGAACUGUUUUUUGCCUGCUGGUACAUUACAUUUCUGGAGGCUAGGGGGAACAAUUUGUUUUCCCAGUCUCCCUCGGAUGGUGGCCUUAAGGCCUGGUAGUGCUUCAAGAGGUCCACUGGUUGGAUCUCUAGCUACUGGCCUCUAAAUACAACCCUUCUUUACAAAAAAAUCUUUAAAAAAAAAAGUAAAAAAAAAAUUUUUUUUUUCACUUGUGAAGAGCACUACAAAAAUAUAUAACAAAAUUUAAAAGGCCUACUGUCUUUAAGUACACCGCUUGCAGUGUUUCAGUGGACAUUUUCACAAUUCUGGCCGCUUGGACUUCACAGGAACCAGGUAAAACUGUGGAAUAUCACUUCUGGUUGAAAACCCAGAGGAAAGGCCCUGCUGUUUUCCACCAACCACGCUGUCUGAUUUCAUAAAAGGGCUGUGGGGGUGGGAAGGGUUGUGGGUGCGGUAGUGUGGGAAAGGCGAAUGGCAGGCUUCUCUCCCAGAUUCUGCUCGCGUCCACACCCCCGGGCCUGCCUCCUCAGUAUCCCCCCCUUACAGCAGAAGCCAGGAAGACUUGAACAAGCAACAAGCAACAGUGGCUAUCGUAUUUAUUCAGUGUCUUCGCUGAGGCUCAGCCUCAGCACAAUCAAGAGGGACUUUCAUGAAAGGCAGGAAUGCAGCUAAAACAAAGAUAUCAGAGGUUUGCACCUACGUUUCUAGGUACAAGAGAAAGAUUAUUUCCAACAAUCUUUGCAAAAAAAAAAAAAAAAAAAAAA